AUGCCACGCAAUACCAAAGACUAUCACUACCAGCCUUACCAACGCCAGCGUCCAGUCUCCUGCCACUUCUGCAGGACUCGAAAACUUCGUUGUAAUCGGGAAAGCCCCUGCUCGAAUUGUUCCGCUCGAGGCAUCCAGUGUCAUCUCUACGCCUCAGAUACCAAGGCGUGCACUUCCGACACGUCUGAAGGUCUUGAUGCAAGCGAUGCCCUAGGUACCCACAACGAAGUGACACGAGGAGUCUUGAGCCGCUUGGAGAGGCUUGAGCAGGCCCUUUUAAGCAAGACCUCCAAUAAUGCUCCUCCCAAUUCCACGGAACUACGGACAACGAGCGCUGUUGCCAAUAGAGAACCAGUCUCUCCCGCAACUCUUACUACCGGCCAGGCAGUGCGUGGUGGCGCUGUGACCAAGCCUACUCAGCUCGUCACGGACGCCGAGUUGCUCGAACAUGAAUGCGCUGAAUUUUGCGAGGUUCUGUUCGUUCCCGAGACCAUGCUAUUCAAAGUCUGUCCCAUUUCCCAAAUCACAAGACCACAAUCAUACAUUUUCCUUCCACCAAACGACCCCACAUGUUCUUCCUGGGGUGAGCCAACCAAGUGUAUAUGGCUUCCUCAUUACUCGGAAGCGAAGGUAUUGAUCGAAAAAUACUUCAAUGAUCUAUCACCUAUCCACCACGUCAUCCAUGUUCCGAGUGUGCGGCAGCUUGUGGAUGGUUUAUACCAUCAACUAGCCCCGGCUGAUCAAACAAUUUCCAGUACCAGCCCAGAGAAAGUCGCCUUGGUAUUGGCCAUGUUGACGAGCGCCAUCCAUUCCCAAGAUCUACCUACUGCAAACUCCCAAGCCAUCAUCUUCACUACCUCCACGCUCUCAGUGCUUACAUAUUGCAAGUCAGUCGGUCCCGGUUCUCUUGAAGAAAUCCAAGCAAUGAUUAUAUUGGCCUUCGUGGUGAGCCACUUGGAAGGUCUCUCCAGACGAUAUUGGUCGCUAUUUGCGGAAGCGGUCAUGAUGUCAAGGGCUUUGGGAUUGCAUCUUAUCGAUGACGAACAUCGGAAGCUGCUGGAAUCCAGUCCAUCGACUCAUUCGAUCAGAGCUGAGAUGGGACGAAGAAUUUGGUGGUACUUGGUAGCGACUGACUGGAUGUUCGCCCGGUAUCCAGGUCCAUUCGAAGGUCUCUACACGAUCAAUCCGCACCACAUGUGUGUACGGCAGCCCCUCAACAUCGACGAUGCAGAUCUUUUCGACGGAAUACAUUUUUUCCAGGCUGACAAACCUAUAUCUCAACCAACAGAAAUGUCGUAUAACAUCCAAAGAAUACGAUUAUCCAAAAUAUGCCUUGAGAUCACAGACUCGAUUCCUUUCAACAGUCGCAGCUUUACUCACGAGCAGAUCAUGACUAUUGACAACAAAAUCCAAGAUUUUAUCAAUACACUUCCAGAAUUUCUGCGACUGGACGAAAAUAUAUCCUCAGUGGUAGCGCAAACGGGCCUCUCCGAAAGGUUUUCUCGUGGGAUCGUGAUACAGAGAUACAUAAUCAACUCUCUAGUGCACGCACAACGUUGCAAAUUCCACCUCCAAUAUCUGGGACAAAUUUCCACGGCCGUCGGCAAGAACUCACCGGAAUAUAAAGCAUCUCGUGAUAUCUGUUUGAAUACGGCAAGAUCCAUCAUCCGCUUUGAACAAGCCCUGGAGCAUGAAAAUGUUGCAUUCGCCAAAGUAAGGCUGAAAUUUAGUGGGAUCUUAUAUUGCCUAUUCAUGGCCACAAUGGUUUUAGGACUCGAUCUAUGCUUGAAUAAACGACCGUCGAUAAGAUUGAAACCCUCACAGGGGAGAGGGCGUGGUCACAGUCAACCCAAUGUGGUUGACGAAGAACGGAAAGCCGAGCUUGUGCACGCGUGCAGAAUUCUUGCUCAGGCCAGAAAAGAAUCUCUCAUGGCAGCCAAGCUGUUGGACUCGCUUUUCAAUACAUUGAAGAAACAUCAAGUGACUGUUCCACCUCUGGACCUUCUGAAGACUGGAAAUGGUGAUGGCCAACAAGAACCAAUACCCACCGAUAGUUCAACAACGGUGUUACCAAGUAUCGACGGCGAAUUAUCUCCUUCCGAUGAAGAUGCUGCAAGCAAUCUCAAUGCCGGCUUCAAAGAUUUGUUGGAUGACAUCCCCGAUCUGCCAUAUUUUGAUGAAUUAUGGAACACCUUCAAUGAAGGCAUGGAUUUCGAUUCUCUCUGUCAAGGAGGUUGGUUUUCUGGUCGGGAACCACAGUUCUAG